AUGUUCUGGAAACAAUUCUUCGAGGCCUCGGCCAACGUAUCCCUUUCCGGCUACGAAGAGCUCAACAACGACGAAACUACGGCGUUGGAAGAAAGUACAGCGCAGCAUGAUACGACCCUACAAUCCUCCCGCCUGGACAUGACGCCGUCGGCGGCAGCAAACCAUAGUUACAGCCAGGAUGAAUCCCUCCUGGACGAUGCCGAACUGUCGGGGAGCACACCACGUCCGCCGUCGACGAAAACUGUCAAGACGCAGUUUGCAGACCUACGAUCGCCAUAUGAAAUCAUGCGACGCGAAAUGCGAGACGAAGAGGAGGGUACCGAGGUGAUUGAGAGCGACCACGGAGACUCGGGCGGAGACAACGAUGAGGAAGAGGGCAACUCUACACUCCUGUUCCAGCAGAGGACGGCACGCCUUCCCGACAUGUCGAUGACGCCCAGGUCAUCUCUACCAGUGGCCCGCAAGGAAGUCGAUCAAGGCAAAGACCCGGUAUUCCACCGCAUGCUUGACAAGACGUACAGGCUCAAAUCCACGCCACACAAGAAUCCACCCCCGUUGUCGGCUCAGAAGCACAAGGCUCAGGCGUGGCAUGACUCGCCCAUGUCUUCGCCCGAUAUUGCGAUGCCGAAACUGAGGAGCGAAGCCUUCAUGUCACCGUACAAGGGCAUGGUGGCUAGACAGCGGCUUCUCGAAACAGCGGCGGCGCCCCGAACGCCAGGCGUGAGCGUGCAGACACCAACGACGAAGAAAACAAAAGACGUACUUGGAGGAACAGGCCAGAGCUUCGCAGAGCAGAAGAUUCCGAAAUACGAGAUUGACUGGGAAAGUGAUAGCGAAGAUGGAGUGGGUGGGAUCAGUCCGCCAAAGACUAUCCAGUUUGCCCUUCCACCAUCAAAGCUACUACAAACACCAGCUCGAGAAGCCAGUAGACGGAUUGUCGACGACAUACUCCUCACAGCCGGGGCUGGUCGUGACGGCGACACGGAAGAGUUUAGCCCCACCAUGGUCAAAGUGAGCAAGGACAUCCUUGACGAUACGUUCUAA